AUGUCGAGGUUCGUAUCAGCGGGGGCUAUCAACGCCGAGACGGGCGAGGCCGUGGCUCAAGACACGAUGACCACCACAACCACUACCAAUGCCGGUACUACCGCUGCCGCCGCCGGAUCAGCGCCGAAAUCCGCCGCCGAAGCCAAAAAGAGCGCCGAGUGGGAACUCGUACAGAAAGAGCUCGACGCCGAGCGUAAGAGGCGGGAAGAGGCGCGCGUGAAGUCCGUCGAGGGCGGGGAGAAGAGUCUGUACGAUGUCUUGCAGGCGAAUAAAGCCGCGAAGCAGGCUGCGUUUGAGGAAGCGAAUAAGAUUCGGAACCAGUUCCGCGCGCUGGACGAUGAUGAGAUUGAUUUCUUGGAUGAGGAUACUGGCAAGACGGGCGGUGCCACUGCUUAG